AGAUUCUGGCCAUGGAACUCGCAACAACUGCAGACGGCAAUCUUGUCAGUUGUGUAGUUUUAACAGUUAAUCCUUUGGGUCAGGUGGUUACUGCUAUCAUCGCAUCAUAUCUCCAUCAUUACCAGUGAAUCCUAAGAGUUAUUGCCCUGUUUGGUUUUGCAACGUUUCCAUGCUUUUGGAUGUUGCCCGAGAGUUUGCGAUGGCUUUGAGUAAAUCGAAAGUAUACACAAGCCGUCGAAACGGUUGAAAAUGCAGCCAAAAUCAAUGGAAUAAUACUUUCUCCAAAGACAUAUGAAAUAAUCGCAAUCACGUGUGAGCAUGCACAUGAAGAUGCGGUUGUCGAAAGUCACGAUACCUUCUUGGACAUUAUUAAGAGCUGUUCAUUAGCCAUUCGCUUGAUGAUGUGUGCGUUUUGAUGGAUUUCAUCCACGUUAAUAACAUAUGGUGUGUCGAUACUUUCAGUGUCUAUGCCCGGCGAUAAGUAUGUUAACUUAAUGGUAGUUUCGUUUGCUGGAGUGCCAAGCACUCUCGUCACAUAUUUAAUGUUAAAAUACAUGAGCAGGCGUUGGUCAUUGUGCAUUUCAUUCUUGAUAACUGGAUUGACGAUUUUUGCUUCGAAAUUUUAUUCCGAGGACGAAACAAUAUCAUUAGUAUUUUUCUUCAUGGCCAAACUCUUUAUUAAUCACUCGUUUGCCUAUUUGUAUGUGUACACAAAUGAAAUAUGGCCAACAAUUCUACGACACCGAAUUAAUGGUUUUUGUUCAAUGAUCGGACGUAUUGGAUCGAUCAGUGUUCCACUGGCUCCGAUGCUGGUAAUCUUCUUCAGUUCAAGUGGAAAUCAGCUUAGAUUGUGACAGAAGCUUAGUAGGAAAACGACGGAUAAGUGAAAUUACUUCAUUUUCAAUCAAUUGAAUUGAAAACGGAGCACCCGUGAUAAACCGAACUUCGGCAGGACCAUCCUGUUAAGAGCGAUCGAUUUGAAUUGGAAGCAGUGAAUACUGCUACAAAAGCCAGUCCAAAAUGAAAAUGUCAAAAUUAUCUAAUCAGACGAAUUCACAAGAUCCUCAAGCAGUGAAUUCAAGAGUAUUUGUUGGGAAUUUAAAUACUUUUCAAUGUUCGAAAACAGAUGUCGAACGAAUGUUUCAAAAAUACGGUCGUUUAGCAGGAAUUUCGAUGCACAAAGGAUACGCGUUCGUUCAGUUUACAAAUCCGUUUGAUGCCCGCAACGCUUGUCACGGAGAAGAUGGCAGAACGAUUCUUAGUCAAGUGUUAGAUGUGAAUAUGGUAGCGGAACCAAAGCCACAUCAAAUUGGCCGAAAGCGACAGAAUGUCACCAAAACUGGAAAUGAUUGGGAUUAUUAUUAUGACAGCUAUUGUGCCUCAACAUUGUUUUCGACAACAUCUCCACGACCAAUAAAACGUCAAAGAUUAAUGACACCACAAGCCCGAGGAAAUUUAGUUGUUAAUAAUAAAGUGAAUCUACCGCAACAACAAAUAAUUUUACCAACAAGUCCGAUAUUAAACGGAAAUAGUUUACAAAAUAAUAGCGUUGUAUCAGCUGUACCAGCCGCACUCAACGGUGGCAGUAACGGUAAUGGCAAUGUUAGUGGCAUCACCACUUCAAGUAUUGGCGAGCAAAUUUCAACAGUGUAUCACAUAAAUGGACAGCCGAAUUUUCUAGGACCAUUUAAAGUUUAUAGUAACCCAGACACAUUGAUUUGCGGAAAUUGUCGAGAGUAUUUUUCGGAUUUGUCCGAUUUAAUAGAACACAAGCGGUCCUAUUGCAAACUAAGAUUUACUUGCAAAUGCCAAGAAAAUUUUCAAAAAUCGACAUUGUCGUCAUCAACGAAGCUGUUGUGUGCGCUUUGCAAAGACUAUUUUAUUAGUCCAUGGGAUCUGAUGGUGCACGUGCAGGCUGCACACAUGAUAAACAUAUACGAAUUGGGCUUCGAUGUGACAAAUAACAACCACAUUAAUAAUAAUAACAACAACAACAAUAACAAUAAUAACAAUAACAACAACAAAAAUGCCACAAAUAAUAGCAUCACAAAUAAAAUCGUCGGCAAUAAAAUCGAAUGCUAUGAUCACAGGGACGGGUCAGUUAGCAAGGCAAAUGGUAAUGUGGAUGAGAAAGCAAACGAUAUUGAGAUGACAAGCGAUUACAUAGAUGAGAAUGGAGCACAACAGCUUUCAACAGUGAGCAAGAUUAUACAAAAAGCAACCGUGAAUGGAACUGAAACGAUUACUUCAAUUUUCAACAACGUGUCUUCCGGAUCGCCACUUCCUGCAACGAAAUUCCAUAGUUCGUCAGCAUCAACUCCGAACAGUUCACCAAGGCCCGACCGACCAGAGCUCGAUUCACCAUCACCAGAUCAGUCACAGUCGUGUAUCAUGCGGGCAUUGAGUAUUGAGCCACCAUCUGGUUCGACAAACACUUCGUUGGGCAUCAUUGCCAAUCCGCUAGCCAUUUCUAUUGCCAGUGGAACAAUUGCAUCACAAUAGAAUUACAUUGGGUCAACCAAUUUUGCAACCAUCAUUGGCAUCGAUGUACGACAACAAAUCAAAUGGGACGAAACAAUAAAUCAAGUGUAAAUUUUAUGAAGCGUUUAAUGACUUUUGUGAGUAUUUAUUCGAUUCACUUACACAAUAUUUUUAACGCAUAUACUCUGGCCCCAUAAAACAAAGAAAAUACAACAAUGUAUUAUAGGAUUGAUAGACAAUUAGUAUGAAAAUCAAAUAUGUCUUCGGUUUAUGGUAUAAAACAGAAACCAAAAUUCAGUCAGUUUGAAUGGAAUCGAUCGAUUUUCGAGCAUCAGAUUUUUUGACUUUCCGCCAUCGCGACAACCCAAGUGCUAGAUGGAUUAAUUUAGUCACAAUUUACAUGCAUCAGGUAUUGGGCUUCCAGAAGAAAUCAUUUAAAUAUAAUUUGUGUGCAUUAAGUGUUGUCCGUGUACUCUGUUGGGCUAGACGCUAUAUGAAAACAUAGACACAGCCGAUGCAUUGAAAUUUGUGUUGUUCGAAUACGCGCCAAGUUACAAGACAUGCACACCUUGACCUUAAUGUACUAUACUGCAUAAUGUAGCGUAAAUAAUCAAUAACAAUACUAUGUUUAUCAUUUCUACUGUAACUUCAAUACCUGAUAUGCCCAACAUUAUUUAUAUUCUAACUUAAUAUCUUAUAACGAAAAGCAUAUAAAAUUGUAAAGCUCGGGAAGUUAGGUUAUUUUCAUGCAAAGGAAAUUAAAGCGUAAGGAAUCUAUCGUUACUGAACACAAUGAUAAGCGCCGACAAACUUUUGUUUUCCGAAUCCUUUUUUCCGAAUGAAACGACACAUUUUUACUUCAACUGAUCCAUAACGAUUCGUAUAUUAUAUUACAACCCAAAAAAUAUAUAUCAGGUUUGAAUUUGCCUAAAACCAUUCUAAUUUUUUUUAUUUUUUUUUCAAACUCAUAUCUAACAAAUGCACCUUGUUGACAGACAAAUUUUGCUGAACACGUGCGAUUAAAUAUCGUCAAUAUCAAAUGCUGAGCUUCUGAAUUUUCCGAUUGAACGUUUUAAUUCAUAAAAUACCUUUUAUUAUUGCAACAAGAAUCAGCCACAAACUAUGAUCUAUAUUGAAAAGACUAGGUUAUAAAUGUAACAUAAUGGAAUUAUAGUCAAAAACAUGAACAAAAAAGCCAUGAAAUCCCUAUAUCACGCAUUCACAUGACUGCAUCACAUUCACAGUUCAUUCUAAUCAAUGCAAUUAAACCAUUUUUAUCCAAAAUAUUGUUCCAAAGAUUCUCGCACUCAUUUAAUAGUUUAAUUCAGAAGUAUUGUAUUCAUAAAGUAUUUUCCAGUGUGGUUUUCGAUCCGAUUGUUGUAUAAAAUAAAUUGUAAAACAAAUCAACCAUAUCGUGACCGAAGCUUCAUUUAUUCAAAAAAAAAGAAGAGUUCAAAAAUAGAAUAGGUAUUGAAUAUUUCUUUUGGUUUCUACGCCAAAGUAUAUAUCACCUUUAAGCCUCUUCGGUUCCUUUUUUCUUGUUCUCUACUUUUAUCUAUUUCCUGGCUUUUGUCUUUAUGGCUUGACGGUUGAUAGAAAGUGAUGUAGCCGCAAGCCGUUGCUAAACCAAAAGGGAAUUCAUUGAAAAAUGAGUGGGAAUCAUCUUAUGGAGUUUUAAGUUGUAACAUGCAGUGCUCUAUAUUUUUCGUUGAAUAUAUAUUGAGGAGAAAACGGAGAGUCUAUGUGCAAUGUUCUGAGAGAGCGAAUGGAGAAAAUGAAAGAGAAAGAAGUGCAGUGGCUAUGUUUGACAUUGUUAACACACGGGCGACAAAUAUUACUAAGACCUUACUUUGAUCUAGACAAACAAAGAAAGUCGCAUAUGAACUUAUGUUCUUCCCGUGGUGUUCCAUAUUCUUUGCGAUUUUUCCCUACUGUUCCGAAACCAUAUUUCUUUCGAUGCGUUGUGUGUUGCCACAUUUUUCAUUGCCUAGACUAAAUGAACUCGACUUUCGGUGAUUCGUGAUAAGUGCGACUCGAGAGUAUGUUAGUACAGCUUUAUCAAACAACAUCCAACGCACAUAUGCUUUGUAGACAUAACCUCGCAAACGUGACCAACUGACCGACAUUCGGCCUUUUCAUCCAUAUCUACAACCGUUUCCUUUCCAUGUGUUUUGUGAUCAUUUCAACUGAAUAAAAGAUUAUACAAUAGUUAUUCGCAUUGCUUCGCAGCUUGAUUUCUUCCAACUGGUAUAAAAAUGUUGCUGUUGCUAUCAUUGUUAUUUUUAUAUAUUAUAUUCUCAAAUAUUCGUUCAUUUUAAUGGAGUAUUCGAAAUUAAAUUUGUUACAUAUAAAUGAAACUCUCUCUCUCUCUCGAUUUACUUCGCCCUUUAUUUUCCAAUUCAUCUUGGUUUUAUCAGCACUAGAUAAUGUUCAGACGAACAACUACAAAUAUAGUAAAUCACGAGGUUACAGUUAAAUUGCAGUUUCUUGAAGGAAAAAAAACUGAUCAUGACUGAAAACCAAGAAUCAAGUGAUUUUUGGCAAUAUAUUCGCUGUGCGGCUAAACAAAUCCACAAUCAGAAGUCACUAUCGAACGCAACAUUGACAAACGAUUUUCGAAUCAAGUCCAUCGAGGUUUGACUGUACAAAGUUAGUGGGAAUAAAAAUAAAGACGUAUAAAAUCAUCGGUGUUGCAACAUUUUCAGAGUUCAUAGUCACAAUAUCUGCUUCUUCCAUUCAAUCUUCCAUCCAUUCCCCCUUCUCUUAUUUCUCAACUAGGAUGUUGUGGGCGACUGGAAAAGUUCGCUUUGGAUUGUACUACAACAAAAUGUAUGCUUUUAUUUUCCAAAAAGUUGCUGGGCUUUUUCCAGUAUUCAUUAUCCAAUAAUGCAGAUGCAAUGCAACAUCAAUAACAUCAAUCUGCUCAUUAAAAAAAAUAGAACCGCAAGCAUUUAAACUCUCUAUAUUAAAGCGAAUAUGUUAUAAAAUUUCAAUCUGUCUGCCGUUCAAAACUGAAACAAUCCAUGCGUCAAGCACACACAUACACACUGAUAGGAUCGCUCGUCGUGUUAGUAUAAUGAUGUUGUAUUUGCUGAUUCUUGAGUGAAAAACAAUACCAUUACCCUAUUACUUUCGUUGCACCAUUUGAGACUUUCCAUCGAGUGUUUGCUUUUUAUGUAUCCAUUCAGACCGAUUUGAAAUAUUAUUUCUCUGUUUCAGCGAUAGUUACGAAAAAAACAACGUUAAUACGGUUCUCUAAUAUUAUUAAAUAAUAAUGGAACUCCUAUAUUUAUUGUAUUACAUAUCUACGAACCCCAGAAAUAAUUAAUAUCAUAAGUUAUCAAAUAUUUAACCAAAGAAAUAACAAACCAAACCAAACCAAACAAACGAAAUGAAUACAAACAUAAAUACAAUCAAAUUUUUCUUCCUUCGGCUAAACUCAAGUGGAAAACGCUAAGAGCUUUUGACCUUUAAUUACUUUCGUGAAACAUUUGUUUCAGCCUCAUCUUAAUAUACAUUACAUGACAAACUAUCGGCAACAUUGUCUGUUUAUGUACAAAGAUGCAGCAGAAAAUAAACCGUACAGAAAGAAAGAGACAAAAAAAUAAUAAUAUAGAAAUCUUUACAUUAAACACACAACAAGAUGGUUAAUUAUUUUUAAUGUAACAUUUUUCUAGGUCCGUAAGUAUGUUUUAGUCAAAAUGUAAUAAUACAAAA